AUGGCCAAACGCUUCAAAUUGAAGUUCAAUAUCCCUUCAUUUCAAAUGUGUCGCUCAAAAGACCCUUCCUCUUUCCCUGGAAAUCCCGUUCCUGCCAUAUACCGUCUUUCUCCCGUUAACCACAACGCGCGUCACACGAGACAUCCAAGCAUUCCUUCUCCGUCACCGUCAAAGAUAACGUCCAUCGCGCAGGGAUGCAAAAUGUGCCAUGACAAGCAGAGUUUGAAGAAACUGAAAUCCAUCAGAGGCCGGAAAAGCACGUCCAGCGUUCCGUCGAGGCGAAGCGAUUUUCGAAUCGACAACAUCGAGGAAGAGGAGAGCGAGACUCUGAUUUCUUGCAUGACAAGUUUCUCCGACGAGUUUUGUCUCGGCGAGGAGAAGGAGCUAAGUACUGGUAGUAGCAGCCAGAGAAGGAAGAUGAGCAGCGUAAAGAAGGUUCGGAGUGUGAGGUUUCAGAGUUCGGAGAAACGGAGAGGAGCGGAGGUGAAGAAGACGACGGUGACACGGAAAAGUGUGGAGGGGAAGGUGAGGGAGAGUUUUGCGGUAGUGAAGAAGUCAAAGGAUCCUUAUGAAGACUUCAAGAAAUCGAUGAUGGAGAUGAUAACGGAGAUGGAGAUGUCUGAGGCCGAAGAUUUGGAGCAGCUUUUGCAGUGUUUCUUGGCUUUGAACUCUCGGAGUCAUCAUGCAGUUAUUGUGCGGGCUUUCAUGGAGAUUUGGCAACAAAUGUUCUUUUGGAACCCUACGUCAAUGAAAAAUCUCCAAACAGAUCUGGAAAAGUAA